CCAGAGUUUCCGGAGGAAUUAAAAAUGAGACGGACCAAGUUCCUGUUUUGAUUUAUUUCCCUCCUGUGUCAGAAGGAGCGAUGAAGACAGCGCGGUGCGCGUUUCUCCUUCAAUAACUCCAUCUUUCAUUUCGUGUCGUUUUGCUUCCUCGAUAUCCCGGGCGCCGAACACACAGCAGCUUAUCAUGGCUCUGAGUUCGGGGGUUUGGGCUCCGGUUUUUCCGUCUCCGGCACUCCAGCAAGGCUCGAACGCGAGCUCGGGGUCCGGCUGCGGCACGGUCUUGAUGUCGGUUCGUGUGUCGGUGUCGUGGGCGACGCUGCGAGCUCUGCGGCCGCUCCGCUCUUCCGGCACCGUGGAGGAUGACUCGGCUCUCCGCCUGCAGCUCAGCAUGGACCCGAACCGGCCAGGAGACUUCCGGCUCACCCUCAGAGACUCCGGCAGUAACGGCAGGAUCAUGUCACUGGCAGAGUUUGAGCUGUGUGCAGUGAGGUACGAGAUCAAGUCGCCUCGCUGCCACGAGCUGUGCGUCAUCAAGCCGCCGCACGACACGCUGACCUUCACCUUUCGCAGCGAGCAGGAGGCCCAGGAGUGGGCCACCGUCAUGAUAUCAUCACUGAGGGAAGCCCACAGAGUCGCAGGCAUCGCCUCUCAUCCCACUGAUGACACGGAACAUCUAAAACCUGUCGAGCAGAGCGCAGCAUUGUGCUUAUCAGCAAAAGAGGAACUAUGUGCAGAGCUGGCCAGAGCCAUCGAGGCCGGAGAUGCACAAGCAGCAAAGCAGCACGCUACAUCACUGGCGCACCAGCAGAUGGCGCUCACCAUCCAACCGGCUCCAAAGGAAUCUGAAGAUGAAGAGAUCAGCUUAGCAGUUGCAGUUGAAGAUGCCACGUCGUCCUGUUGCGUCACGGUAAAAGUGGUCCCCCACAUGACUGUGGCGUCUCUUAAGCAGCAGAUGUUUGGAGAAUACGGUUCACCCCGAGUGCAGCGCUGGGUCAUAGGUCAGUGUUUGUGCUCCGAACAGCGCUCCCUGGUGUCAUACGGCGUCUGCCGAGACGGAGACACUGCGUUUCUCUACCUCCUCUCAGCACGCCACGCCCGCCUCAGCCGACUGCAGUGCCAGCAGGACCAGGAGAGCGCCCUCCUCGCACCCGUGCCUAAACUGACCCCGACCCCGGCACCAGCCAGUCACGACUGGAGAGGAUACAGCACACUGCCACCAAGACUCCAUCAUUCCAACACAGGAAGCGGUGGGGGCGGAGCUGGAAAGCACAGCAUCAGUGACAUCAUGAACCUGGAGAGACUGCAGCUAGGUGUACCUGGGGUGAGACCAACAAACCCGCAGGCGGGUUGGUCAUGUCCUUCAUGUACGUUUAUAAACAAGUCGACAAGGCCUGGCUGUGAAAUCUGCAGUACAGAGAGACCCACUCGGCCCGAGCUCGGCGCGUCCGAGGAAGCGGCUCUGCUUUUAUAAGAGCUCUCCGGAACCACACUGUGAACUUUUUCAGCCCCAAGGAGGCCAGUAUGGACAUGGAAAAGACAUAAGCAUGUACAGAUAUCUACCUGGCAAAGGAUUCAAUGUGCAGAGUGAUCCAAGGUGAGAAGACGCAUCCCUGAACUCUAGGAUCUCCCUGACUUCUCUAGGAAUUAGCAUUGGUUUUGUUCAAACCGGAGAUCAGCCGGGCGAUGAUAUUCAUUUCAUGGAUAAAACCUCACACUGGAGAUCAAAACCGAACAUCAGCUCCUUUACUGUUAUUAAAGUGCAGUGUUUCUACAGACAACCAUCUUUUCUUUGUACUACUCCUGAACUCAUGCACGUUAUUUUUUCUUUUUCUUUCGGUAAGCAAUAAAACCACAUGUAGCAUGCUGUUAUGAGAAAAUAAUUAAUGGAAGGGUGAACGUGACGAAGAAGAGUUACUGUUACAGCCAUCCUAUUGAUCAUUUUCAAGUAAUACCAUGUGAUUUAUUCCUCUUGGGAACUUCGUUUAACACAAAAUAUAUCUGUCGUUUAGAGAUUUUUUUUUAACAUUGUGAGUCCACGCUAUCGCACACACAUUGGAGCACCUAUAGACACUCGUUCUCUAACCAACCUCUCCAUCUUUCUUGAAGAUAAUAGAACGGAAGUGACACCACAAAGUAUAAAGUCCUCCCCAUCAGCAAUUUGUCCUUGUCAUCAAAACACAUUUUUCAACUGUACAUUAAGAUUUUUUUGUGUUACAUCCCAUAUUCAAGUCCAGGCACAAGCUGUUUAUAGAAACAUACUAAAAAUUAACCUUAAAAAUCUUCCGGACGAUCAGAAUUGAAAAUUCAGCAGUGCUUUUACAAAAUAUGCCAGAGAAAUUGUAGAUAUGCAAAUGGUUAUGAGAAAAUAUUACUGUUUGUGAAUAUUAAACCUGAACCACAGGGUUGUUCACAAAAAUUUGAAAAUUACUGACUGGGAAAAGUUGCGUUCCUAAUUUUGUGAAGAUUCAAGCAAAUGUAGAGAUGAUCCUUUUCCUUUGGAGAUCUUUGUGCUUUUUUUGUUUUUUUUGUUUUUGAAUUAUUUGUAAAUCUGUACAUUGCACAAAUGUUCAGGGAUACUUUAAAUGAGAGGCUAAAGGGGGUCAUUUUUUCACUUGUAAAUCAUAUCGAUCAUCAUUUCUAAAAACAUGCUCAUUUUCACCACAGACUGGAGUCAUAUAUGCAUUCAGAUUUAGUUUUUGCCAAUGAAAUCUUUUGUUUGUUUGUUUUAUUUAAAUUUUCACACUAAUUAAGAUUGUAGUAGGAUUUAGAAAACCCUUGGAAUUCACAGUUAAUGGUAACAACACCUAAAGGUUUAUAAAAGCUCAUUAAUACAUAUUUAGCAAAAAGUUUACAAGAUUUCUGCAGUUUCUAAUUUGAAUUUUAAUGAAACAGAAAUCCUAUGAAACUCUUAAUGACUUGGAUUGUGCUUUUUUUUUUUUUUAGUUUUUUAAUAAUGUUUUUUUUUUUCUUCCACCCUUUUUUUUUCAGAUACUUGUAGUUACUGGAACUCAGUCUGCCCUCAUUUCAGUUUGUUGUGAAAAAGAAACGAUAAGGAGCUUGAUGUAGCAGCUGUAAAAUGCUCUUCACCAGCCUUAAAUGGUGUGGAAAAAAAAAAGAUAAAUGUUUCUUACAAAACCAAAACACAUCUGACAAAAUAUAGUGUCAGCAUUUUACUUGUGCUACACAAGCUCAUGAUUGUAAAUGAUUUAUUAUUAUUGUUGAGUAAAUUAUAUUUGGUGUUCAGUUUAUGGACAAUAAAACUAUGAGAUGAAAACA